AAGCAAUCAGGCCUGGUUCUGAAGAGUUUUUUCCCCGACACUCGUUCAGUGGUCUCUUGCGAGGACGCGGCAGUGCGUGGAGUCGGCUAAGGGAAAAGCGAGGCAAGGCAGGCGGGUCUUCAGAGGUCUACAUUUUAGCUCUCAGUGCUGAAUUUUCUUCUCCCUUAAAUUAUUAUAAACUUUUGCUGCUGUUAAAUUACCGUGAAGAUGUCUCGCAGUCCUGAUGCGAAGGAAGACCCUGUGGAAUGCCCUCUUUGCAUGGAGCCUUUGGAGAUAGACGAUAUCAACUUUUUCCCUUGCACCUGUGGCUACCAGAUUUGCCGAUUUUGUUGGCAUCGAAUUCGCACUGAUGAAAAUGGGCUUUGUCCUGCAUGUAGAAAGCCAUAUCCAGAAGACCCUGCAGUUUAUAAACCACUCUCCCAGGAAGAACUGCAAAGGAUAAAAAAUGAGAAGAAACAGAAACAAAAUGAGAGAAAACAGAAAAUAUCAGAAAAUCGCAAACAUUUGGCUAGUGUACGGGUUGUGCAAAAAAACCUCGUCUUUGUUGUAGGUCUAUCUCAGCGCCUAGCAGACCCAGAGGUUUUAAAACGACCAGAAUAUUUUGGGAAGUUUGGUAAAAUACAUAAAGUUGUCAUCAAUAAUAGCACAUCAUAUGCAGGCUCACAGGGUCCAAGUGCCAGUGCUUAUGUAACCUAUAUCCGGUCAGAAGAUGCUCUUAGAGCCAUACAGUGUGUCAACAAUGUGGUGGUAGAUGGCAGAACACUUAAGGCAUCUUUAGGUACAACAAAGUACUGCAGUUACUUCUUAAAGAAUAUGCAGUGUCCCAAACCCGACUGCAUGUAUCUACAUGAAUUGGGGGAUGAGGCGGCCAGCUUCACAAAAGAGGAAAUGCAGGCGGGUAAACACCAGGAAUAUGAACAGAAGUUACUUCAGGAAUUAUAUAAAUUAAAUCCCAAUUUUCUUCAACUAUCCACGGGUUCAGUUGAUAAGAAUAAGAACAAAGUGACGCCACUGCAGAGGUAUGAUACCCCAAUCGACAAACCUUCAGAUUCUCUCAGUAUAGGGAAUGGUGAUAAUUCCCAACAGAUAUCUAACAGUGAUACACCAUCACCACCACCUGGUUUAUCAAAAUCCAACCCAGUCAUCCCCAUCAGUUCAUCCAAUCACAGUGCACGAUCCCCUUUUGAAGGGGCAGUAACAGAGUCACAGUCGUUAUUCUCAGACAAUUUUCGCCAUCCCAACCCUAUUCCAAGUGGGCUUCCUCCUUUCCCCAGCUCCCCACAGACAUCCAGUGACUGGCCUACAGCACCAGAACCACAGAGCCUCUUCACAUCAGAAACAAUCCCAGUAUCGUCCUCUACAGACUGGCAAGCAGCAUUUGGCUUUGGUUCUUCAAAACAACCAGAGGAUGACUUGGGUUUUGAUCCUUUUGAUGUCACUCGAAAAGCCUUAGCAGACCUAAUUGAGAAGGAACUGUCCGUCCAAGAUCAACCUUCCCUUUCGCCUACAUCUCUUCAGAACUCCUCUUCACACACUACAACCGCCAAAGGUCCAGGCUCUGGAUUCCUGCAUUCUGCUGCACCUACAAAUGCCAACUCUCUCAAUAGUACCUUUUCAGUCUUGCCACAGAGGUUUCCUCAAUUUCAGCAGCACCGAGCAGUUUAUAAUUCGUUCAGUUUUCCAGGCCAGGCAGCCCGCUAUCCUUGGAUGGCCUUCCCACGCAAUAGCAUCAUGCACUUGAACCACACAGCAAACCCCACCUCAAAUAGUAAUUUCUUGGACUUGAAUCUCCCGCCACAGCACAACACAGGUCUGGGAGGGAUCCCUAUAGCAGGGGAAGAAGAGGUGAAGGUUUCGACCAUGCCACUGUCAGCCUCUUCCCAUUCAUUACAACAAGGACAGCAGCCUACAAGUCUCCACACUACUGUGGCCUGACAACAGAACUGAGAGGAGAGGAUUAGACUCUGGGGUGCUUGCAUGGGCAACCGGAUUUUUGCAUGAUUCCUUUCUGAUUUUGCAUUUAAUGUAUACACCCAAAAGAGCCAACAUAAACGUUCCUCAUGCCUACAACUAGUGUGUUACCUCAUAGUUGCUAAAGUAUUUCUUCAUUAGGCCUUUAACAUUUAUUAGCAUAACAAUUUUGGCAUUGUUUCUCAUGAGUGAUACUAUUUUUAACGCAUACAAAUAAACUUGUAGCACUAAUUAAGAUCCCAGAUGAGAUUAGCUAGAAUUGUUCUUAUUUUGGCUCUAUUAUUGAAAAUAUACAAAAGUAAUGGUAGUUCUUGUUUUCUGAUAUGUGAAAAAAAUGGUAAUAUCCUACUCGUGAAACAUUUGGAAAUUAAGAAAAUAAUGUCUAUUGCAUUCUUUGAAUACUUUAGAAGAAAGAAUACAUAUAAAACACAAUUGGUGGUGUCAUUUAAUGCUCAGAAGGAUAUUGUCAUCAAUUGUUCAUAGUUGUCUGGAUUUAUAUCCUAUAUUAUGCAUUACAUGUGUAGAAACUGUUUUGUUCUCUCAUUUGCACAUUUGCACUUUCUUUUUAAUGGUUGUUAAUUAUACAUAGAUGGUUAAAAGAUAAUUAUUAUAGCCUAAAUGCAAUAUAAUCUCUUUUCUAAUGCACUGCCUAGUAUACCAGGAAAUGCCUCAAAAACAGAAUUUCAACUUAUAGUUGACCUAUCAGAAACUUGAAUAUGGGGUAAUCAUUGUAUGUGAGAAGCAACCGUAGUAGUGUAACAUUUUUAUUGAACAAACAUAGUUCUGUGGAAUAUUUGGAAAUUUCGUUGUUUGAUCAUUAAAAUGUGGUAAUCAGACUGUAUUGUAAGUACCUGACCAGAAUGAGACUAAGGUGGAAGAUAAGAGAUUGUAUAUCUAAAGUUUGGCCACGUAAGUUGUAAUAGAUAACUUUAGUUAAUCACAGAGAAUAGUGGAGUACUUUGUUAGGAUGUAAUGUGAAAUGAUGUUUUUGAAUUAUACAAAAUUUAUUGAAAUAGUUUUAAAACUAAUAAUAAAAGGAAAUAAAUUGAACUCAGUUCUGAGCAGUGGACAAAAGCCGUUUCAGAAAUAUGACCAUAUUCUGCCUAAAUGAAGCAUCUGAGAAGAAAGGGAAAAUCAGACCUCCUCUUGAGAUUUUUAAAAAAACAAAUGUAAUAAAAAGGUAUGCCUUAAUUUGUUAAGAAAUAAUGAAAGGGAUAUAUGAAUACCAAAAAGAAGUCUAGAGAAUUAAAAUAAUAAUAAAUACCUUAUUAGGUGAUAGUGUCAUGUUGGAGUUGUCAAGGUUGCCACUAUAUAAAGAUCUGAUUAUUUUCUAUUAGAUAUAAUGUAACAAAUUAAAUGGCUUUAUCCUGAGGUAUCUUAUAGUAAACCAAAAAUCUUUCCUUAGAUUUGGUUACCUGAGGGGGCAGAAACAACUAAUUAGCCAUUUUAAGUUAUUUUUGUAAACUUCAGCAUAAAUAGUAAUCUCUGAUUUCUCUUUAGAAGUGACUACACCAUUACAAGACAAUACCAAUUGAGAAAAUACCAAUAAAAUAUUGUAGACUCAUUAAACAU